AUGUGUUCGAAAAUUUUGUUUAUGGUACUAAGUCUAUACUUUAUUGCAAACUUUUCAAAUGGUCAAAGGGAUAAAAAGUUCUUCCGAACAGACUACCACUAUAUAGAAUCGACACAAAGUUUCUAUAAGUUCCACACAUUGCAUAGGCCAUGGAGGAGUGCAAAAAGGACGUGUGCGCUGGAAAGCGCAGAACUUUUUUACCCCGUCGACAAUAAAGAAGCUCAAGUACUCUUGACAUUGUGGACGAUAAUACAGCCCUUCGAUGAUGCGUACGUCGGGAUCUCAGAUUUGCUCGCCAAGGGAACUUUCCAAACUAUUCAUGGUAAUCUAAUAGACGAUGUAUACCACAAUUGGAGUCCUGGUGAGCCGAACGAUGCUGAUGGCAACGAAGACUGUGUGAUCAUGAGACAAGACGGCACUUACAAUGACAUUCCUUGCUUCAUAUCGAAACCCUUCAUUUGUAAGAAGAGCCUCGUGUCGCUGGAGUGGAACAAGGAAUGUAAUAUGCCUAACUUAGAUUACAAAUUAAACAAAAAACUAGGUCGAUGUUAUAAGUUCCACAUGAAACCUCAGGACUGGAGCGGUGCGAACGGUGUGUGCAGCUAUGAGAAAUCCUACCUGGCAGUUAUCAAUUCAAAGCAGGAAGCUGAUUUCCUAGCCAUAUUAACAGAAAGCAUGCCCAAGAAAAAAUUCAAUGAAGAUUUUAUGCCUGGAGUUGUACUUUUAGGAUUUCAUGACAGAUACGAGGAGGGCUGGGAAACUGUUAAAGGUACAUCGUUAGAAGACAGCGGCUACAUGAACUGGGCCAAGGGUCAGCCGGACGACCCACCACGAGGGGCGGAAGACCGAUGCGGUUCUAUGUUAUAUAACGGACAGUUGAGUGACAUUCCAUGCGAUAAGAGAGGCUUCUUUAUCUGCGAACACGAGGUAGCUCAGCCCGCUUCUGAUUUUGAUCAUCGUUCUGGUGACAGGAAACGUUAA